UUCAUUUCGUUUGUAGAGUUAGCAGUAUAUGGUGUUGCGUUAUAGUAAAGUAGUUAUGAACUGAAUACUGGUAUUUUAGCUUAGUUUGAGAUUAUUUGCUUUACAGGGAUGAUGAUGAGGAGGAUGAGGAGGAUGUUACAGAUGAUUUUGCUCCUGACUGAAUAUGUCCUGGUCUCGUCAUAUCAGUCGAACUCCACAGUUAAGUGUGAAAGAUCUGAUGAAAGGAAAACAGUGAGAGUGAUGGCUGGAGAAUCCCUGUAUUUACCCUGCCCCAACACUGAUUGCCAUACUGAGACUGAAAACACCUCGUACGAAUGGUUCAAAUACCUCGAAAGAACAGAGCAGGUUGAGCAAAUCGGGACGGAGGAGAGCGAACGCAUCCAUUACCACCUUUCUGAAUUAUACAUCCUUUGGUUAACCCUGAACGACACGGGACGCUACAUCACACGCUGGUGGUAUGAGGAGGACAAAUGUGAUGAAUAUGAAACUGACAUUGUGGUUUAUGAAGAGUUCAACACAGAUCUCUUGUACCGUACUUUGGUAGAAGAAAAGGCGUCACAAAUCCACUGUCCGGUGUGUGAAUAUCAGCAGGCCACGUUCAUCUGGUAUAAGGAUUUCUCUCUUAUUCCAAACCAAGAGGCUGAGGCUUUACGUAUCCGUAACUCUUCAAAAGAAAGCGAGGGUAUUUACACCUGUGUUUGCACCUGGGAGCACAAUGGGAUAAAACACAACACCUCUGCAUCUCGCAGACUGACCAUCAAAGAUAUGUCCAGCAUUCCUCCUGCGUUUCAACUUCCCGUCAAUAACUCCAUUGUGAUCACUGAUGUGGGUACAGAAUUGAUCCUCCAAUGUUCUGUCUUCUUUGGACGCACUGUGUGUGAUGAGUGCUUUGUUCACUGGGAAAGGAAUAAAACCAGGAUAAAUGCGGUGAAUGGAUAUAAGCAGGAAACAAGAAAGCAAGAUGGCAUCAUGGAGUCAUUUUUGACCAUUACUAAAGUUUCUGAGCUGGACCUCCGUUCUGAGUAUCGCUGCAGAGCUGAAGACUCCUAUAAAGUGUAUUAUGUAUCAGUCAUUUUGAAGCGUAAAGCAUCAAUGCUCCCUGAGAUUCUGGCAUGCGUUUGCACAUUUCUUCUUGUCCUGGUGCUCAGUGGAAUAGUGAAGUGGUUUUCACUGGAUCUGGUGCUGUUCUUAAGGGAAAUUAUCGUCAAGCUCAACAGGACAGAGGAUGGGAAACUGUUUGACGCUUAUGUGAUUUACCAGAGAAACUUGGAAGAGAAGACAGACAAAACUGUAAGUGACUUUGUCAACGGAUCUCUUGUAACAGUGCUGGAGAGCUACUGUGGCUUCAAACUUUUUAUUCACGGCAGAGAUGACCUACCUGGGGAAGACUGCAUGAACAUGACUGAAUCUAAGAUACAGCUUAGUCGGAGACUUAUCAUCAUUUUAACAUCUGGAACAAGUACCAUUUCUUCUGCGGCUUAUGAUCUGGAAUUGGGGCUCCAUCAGGCUCUGGUACAAGGAGAAACUGGUGUGAUUCUCAUCCAGCUGGGACAGAUGAAAGACUACACACAUCUGCCUCUCGGACUGCAACAUCUCCUCUGUAAGAAUUCUCCUUUACUGUGGAGAGACGGCGAAUCCUCACCAAGCUCGAGGUUCUGGAAGAGAGUGCGAUACAGGAUGCCUGUUGCGUCAUCCCAUCGGAAGAGUAGUUCGAAAAAUGGAUCACUAGAAUGUCAGCGUUUAACAGUUUAAUGCAAGAGAUUCAUUUUAGGUUCAGGCGCCGGAUUCACAAACAUUUGACAAAUGACAGGCUUUGGCAUUAUUUGGCGAGGUCUGAUAUUUGACUUUUUUUUUUUUUUUUUUUUUUGUAGAGACAAAAAGUCAUGUCAGACAUAAUCAUGACCAACCACUGUAUACAUUAUUGAUCAUUGGUGGCACUCCAAAGAAUUGUGCACAUUAAUAGUAAUACGUAAAGUUAAAGGGGUCAGUAUUAUAUUUUAAUGUUUUUGAACGAAGUCUCUUAUGCUCAUUAAGGCUGCAUUUAUUUCAUAAUAAAUACAGAAAAAACAAUAAUAUUGUGAAAUAUUAUUACAAUUUAAAAUUAUGGUUUUCUAUUUUAAUAUACUUUAAAAUAUUAUUUAUUUCUGUGAAGCAAAGCUGAAUUUUCAGCAUCAUUACUCCAGUCUUCAGUGUCACAUGAUCCUUCAGAAAUCAUUCUAAUAUGCUGAUUUAUUAUCAAUGUUGGAAACAGUUGUGCUGCUUAAUAUUUUUUUGGAACCUGUGAUACUUUUUCAGGAUUCUUUGAUGAAUAAAAAGUUAAAAAAUAUCAGCAUUUAUUUAAAAUAGAAAUCUUUUGUAACAAUAUACACUACCGUUCAAAAGUUUGGGGUCAGUAAAUUUUUUUCUUUCUUUUUUUUUGAAAGAAAUUAAUACUUUUAUUCAGCACGGAUGUGUUAAAUUGAUAAAAAGUUAGAAUAUAUUGUUAGAAAAGAUUUCUAUUUUGAAUAAAUGCUGUUCUUUUUUAACUUUUUAUUCAUUAUAUGAUCCUGAAAAAAGAAUCACAG